GGCGCAGGCGCAGUUUCACCGCGGGCCGGCCUGGCUGUCAGUAGCGUUGCUUCAUCAGAAGCUUUUUCUGCCUGUGUUGAUUGUACCGGGAGCUGAAACCUCUCUGCCUUCUCUUUGAGUUCAGAUGGCGCUGCCUUCUUUCCUUGGAAUUGAGAUCUCACUGGGUUAAAACUGAGCUCUCCCUGCCUUCCUCCCUCUGAGCUAAAUUCUCUGCCUUCUCUUGGACCAUCGAUCUCUGCCUUCUGGAUCCCAGCUCCGUGGGUGCAGGUCCCAGGUCAGCUUCCUGCCCUGGAAGAACAGGGAAAGACUCUGCCCCUGUGGGAUCCUUCAGCCUCCCCAUCUCAGCCUGCAGAGGACCAAGGCCUGGCCCAAGCAAGGAGCCUGGAGCCAGAGGGAAUGGCCCCUGGCAGCUGCAGACCCCUAGCCCAGGAGUUGGUGACAUUCAAGGAUGUGGCUGUGGACUUUAACCCAGAGGAGUGGGGCCUCUUGGACCAUCCUCAGAAGGAAUUGUACAAGGAGGUCAUGCUGGAGAAUGCCCAGAACCUGCUCUUUGUGGGGUUGCCAGUUCCCAGAAAAUAUCUGAUGUCUUAUUGGGUGGAAAGGGAAGCCCCAUGGCUACUGGAGCAAGAAGACCUGAGGAGCUGCUGUCCAGAAGGAAAGAUUAGACCUGAAAUGAAAGAGACUACUGCAAAGUUAAACAUUUCUGUGGAAAAAACCCACAAGCUAAGAUUCAUGAGUGAUGGUCCUUGUCAUAUCACUGGGAGACAAAUCUGUGCUGGACUUCACAGAAUCCACACAGGAGAGAAGCCUUAUGAUUGUCAUCAUUGUGGGAAAGACUUCAGUCAAUGGUCAUCCCUUAUUUACCAUCAAAAAAUUCAGACGGGAGAGAAACUACAUGAGUGUUAUAAAAGUGAUAAAGGUUUUAGUCAACUCUCAUCCUUCCUUAUACGUCAGAAAAUUCAAAAUUAUAAGAAACCCUAUGAAUGCAAUCAGUGUGGAAAGGCUUUCAGAUAUAAAAGCCAUUUUGCUAAACAUCAGAGAGUCCACACUGGAGAGAAGCCUUAUGAAUGUAAUCAGUGUGGAAAGGCUUUCCAAAAGAAGGACCAUUUUGCUACACAUCUGAGAAGGCACACUGCAGAGAUACCUUAUGACUGUAAUCAAUGUGGAAAGGCUUUUAAAUAUACCUCUAGUCUUGCUCAACAUCAGAGAAGCCACACUGGAGAGAAACCUUAUGAAUGUGAUCAAUGUGGAAAGGCUUUCACACAGAGGGCCACUCUGGCUGAACAUUAUAGAAGCCACACUAGAGAGAAACCUUAUGAAUGUAAUCAAUGUGGAAAGACUUUCAAAUCCAGCUUCAAUCUUGCUGUACAUCAGAGAAUCCACACUGGAGAGAAACCUUAUGAAUGUAAUCAGUGUGGAAAGGCUUUUAGAUGUUCCUCUGGUCUUGCUCAUCAUCAGAGAAGCCACACUGGAGAGAAACCUUAUAAAUGUAAUCAAUGUGGAAAGGCUUUUAGAUAUACUUCUGGUCUUGCUCAACAUAGGAGAAACCACACUGGAGAGAAACCUUAUAAAUGUAAUCAAUGUGGAAAGGCUUUCAAAUCCAGUUCCACUCUUGGUGUACAUCUGAGAAUCCACACUGGAGAGAAACCUUAUGAAUGUAAUCAGUGUGGAAAGGCUUUCCAACGGAGCACCCAUUAUUCUACACAUCUGAGAAGCCACACUGCAGAGAAACCUUAUGAAUGUGAUCAGUGUGGAAAGGUUUUUAAAUAUAGCUCUAGUCUUGCUCAACAUAAGAGAAUACACACUGGAGAGAAACCUUAUGAAUGUAAUCAAUGUGGAAAGGCUUUCCAACAGAGGGCACAUUUUGCUGUACAUCUGAGAAGCCACACUGCAGAGAAACCUUUUAAAUGUAAUCAGUGUGCAAAGGCUUUCAAAUCCCGCUUCAGUCUUGGUGUACAUCUGAAAAGCCACACUGGAGAGAAACAUCAUGAAUGUGAUCAAUGUGGAAAGGCUUUCACAUCCAGGCCCAGUCUUGCUGUUCAUCUGAGAAGCCACAAUGGAGAGAAACCUUAUGAAUGUAAUCAAUGCAGAAAGGCUUUCACAUCCAGCUCCAGUCUUGUUGUACAUCUGAGAGUUCACACAGGAGAGAAACCUUUUGAAUGUGGUCAGUGUGGAAAGGCUUUCAAAUCCAGCUGCAAUCUUGCUGUUCAUCAGAGAAUCCACACUGGAGAGAAACCUUAUGAAUGUGAUCAGUGUGGAAAAGCUUUCACACAGCAGUCCAGUUUUGCUCAACAUCAGAAAGUCCACAAUGGAGAGAAACCUUUUGAGUGUGGUCAGUGUGGAAAGGCUUUCAGAUCCAGGUCUAGUCUUGUUGUACAUCUGAGAAGCCACACUGGAGAGAAACCUUAUGAAUGUGAUCAGUGUGGAAAGGCUUUCACACAGAAGUCCAAUUUUGAUAAACAUCAGAGGAUCCACAAUGGAGAGAAACUUUAUGAAUGUCAUCAAUGUGGAAAGGCUUUUAGAUGUACCUCUGAUCUUACUCGACAUCAGAGAAGCCACACUGGAGAGAUAUCUUAUUAGUGUACUUAACAUGUAAAAGCUUUCAAAUCCAGCUACAGUUUUGCUGUACAUCUGAGAAUCCACACUGGACAGAAACCUUACGAGUAUGAUAAAUGUGGAAAUGCUUUUGCACAGAGGUCCACUCUAGGUGGGCAUCAGAAACGCCACACUGGAGAGAAACCUUAUGAACGUAACCAAAGGAAUGAAAAAAUGGAAGACAAUGUGAA